GUCUCACCAUCUUGCUCGCGUGUGGGUCUUCGAUCGCCAGGCCAAGAUCUAGCUGUGGCGAUCAGGCAUGAUUCGUGCGCCUGCACCGGCGAGAUCGAGCUUGUGCAGAGCCUGGAUACGACAGCCCCCACCAUGGUUGACAUCGGCAGCAGGGAUCGACGAAAGCAGCGUGUUACGCCGCGUUUCUUGGCGCACGAGCACCAGUUCCAGCACCAGCAAUAGCAGCAACAGCAGCGGUAGCAGCAGUUCCGAGAGGAGGAGAAGCUAUCUGGAACGGUGGGCCGGCAUCCGUGGUUCACCCGCGCCUCCUGCAUCACGGUCGGCGGAAGCUCCAUCGCCUUCAACACGGACCCCACCGGUCAGCCUCUUCGGGCGGACCUAUCUGCUGUCCACGAUUAAAGUUCCCCCCAUUCCAGCAGCGACAACACCAACCGGCAGCAGCACGGCGAACUCUCGCCGCGUUAACGGCGCAGCAGCGGGAGGGGAGAAGGACGAGGAGGAGAGGGUUUUCCAGUGGAUGAGGGAGGCGUUGCAGGGGCCCGGGGCGCUAGGAACGACCGGGCUGUUCCCGGGGGCGGGGUCUCCGGUGGUGCUUGAUCUGGGCGCCGUGUCUCAGGACGGGUCACCGCACGGCCGACCAGCUGGACGCGCCAGCCUUGCCGGCUGCUCGCGGGCUGUGAGGGCGGCGGGUCUCGUGCCGGUUGGGGUUUCCAACGCUAGCCACGACGUGUUGAAGACGGCCUCGGAGCAGGGGUUGCCGGAGUUGAUGAUGGUACACGCCAGGCCACGAUCGUCGCCGCCUCAGGUCGCCGCCUCACGAUCGACGAGGAAUCACAGCGUGGAACAGACGGUGCCGGUUCGGGCCUCCGAUGCCGCGGAAUCGGUGGCACAAAUGCCUCCGUCCGCGGCGCCUUCUGGUGCGUCGGCACCGGCACCAUCAACGACUGCUGCGUCGGGGGAAGGGGAGGAGGGGCGAAGAAAAGGUGGGAGUCCUUGCAGCGGGGCGGCACCAGCACCAGCAACAGACAGCGAGGGUUCGGGAACCAGUUUGAGCGAGGAAGGGAGCGACCGAGAAACGAUGGUGUAUCAAGGGUCUGUUCGGAGCGGACAACAGGUUUUUGCGGAGGGAACCUCGCUUGUUGUCCUGGGUGCUGUUAGCUCAGGCGGCGAGGUUAUGGCGGACGGAGACAUACACGUCUACGGUACGCUGAGGGGUAGGGCUUUGGCUGGCCUGUCCGGCAACAAGUCCGCAAAGAUCUUCGCUACGAGGUUCGAUGCAGAGUUGGUGGGCGUCGGCGAAAGCUUCACUACGCUGGACAGCCCGGAGAACCUCGCCGGUCUGGUGGUGGAUGCUCCCACCAACGUCUGCCUUCGGGAGAACGAGCUGGUCUUCCACUCCUUCGACCUGUCCGCCGCGAACCCUUGAUCGAUACAACACAACCAGUGAUUCUUUCCUCGUUUUUUAUCGUGGCGGGCUGGGUAGUGAUCACCACAGAGCACACGUCUAGGAGAUCGAGAUCGAAGGACUCGUGGACAAGACUAAGGCCCAACUGUCCCACCUACGUAGAUGCCUGUAAGGGGUGCGUGUGUGCUAUAAUUUUCUUCAAGGGGGCCGUUCAGGCCGCGGUUUUGCUGGGCGGUUGACUGAGCUGUGAAUCGGUUUGCGCGCUUAUUCUUCUGUCUGUAAAUUGUUUUUUUUACGGCUCCAGAAAAACGAGCAAUCGAUUGCGUGUUGUGUUCGGUUGUGCUGUCUCCGGAGUGAAUCUCUGGAGUGAAAAAAACUAACUUUACAGGGGGAAACGGUGUAAUAAUGAGCGACACACGUGCAUUCACUUCACUCGAGGGAA